AUGGUUUACGAUGAAUCUAAACUUCAACAGACCUUGAAAAAUUAUGAAAACGUUACAAUCGGUCUUUUAGCUGAGAAUAAUCGAUUUUCUGAAGCAACAAGAAAUAUUUUUAAGGUACAUAUUAAAGAUAGUGUCAAGCAGUUAAAAGAAAUACUGACAAUUGUUGGGCAAUUAGAAGCUGGGGAAGUGCACACUAAAACAAAUAUAAAUGAAAUAAGAGGUGCCACAUUAUCUAUGUUGUCUGACCCUGAAAAUUAUUAUAAUAAUACAAUUCGAUUGUUAUCUGAAAAUAGACAACAUUCUAAAGAAGCAAAAGAUCGUUUAAAAGAAUUUCUAAGUGAGAAUGCGAAAGUAAAAUGCUUCAUGAAUGAAAUAUUUGUUCACGAACUGGCCAUUUCAACAGAUCCUGAAA